AAACCUUUACUUGUUAGUUAGUUUUUUCUCGGUGCGCAUAUAAUUUAGCAAAUAAACGGAGUCAAGAAUACAAUUUAGAAUGAAUAUAGCUGGAGCUACCAUUUUUAUCGUAACAACGAUCUGUGCGCUAAUGCCACUAGGCAUCACAGACUCCGCAGUUAAAAGUGAAGAAACAAAAACAGAGCCAAGCGCUAAACAAAACACAAGUGCGAUAUGCACAAAAUGCGUAUGCGAUGUAGAAAACAGUCUAAUUGAUUGCACCAACAAAUUGACUGACUGGUUUACGGACGAAGAAUGGAAGAGCCUUCAAAAUCAGACAAUUGUUUUCGAGUCCAUCAAAAUGGAGCACAACAAUUUGACAACUAUUCCUGCCUUGCCAGCGUAUGGAGUGAAGAAUCUGUAUUUGGGUUAUAAUCAAAUAGCUUCAAUUACAUUGGGAGCCUUUCAAAAUUUAACGGAGCUUACCAAACUUGAUUUGUCCAAUAACAAAUUAACUUCAAAAACUUUAGUACCUGAUGUAUUCAAAGGUCCAUAUUCCCAACAGGAUUUUGAGCCUCUGAAAAACUUAAAAUCACUUAACUUGGGAUACAACCUCAUACAUUCUUUGAAUGAUGAUUUGUUUGAACAUCUCCCAUACCUUGAAGAGCUUAGUUUGUCUUCAAAUACUUUUCAAGUGAUCGAUAGGCUGACGGAAACUGCAGUUGCUGGAUUGUCUUCAUUGAAGGUUUUGGAUAUGUCAUUUAUGGAACUUUCGACCUUGCCCGACACCAUUUUUCAUGGACCCCGAGAUCUUGAUACUCUGAUACUAUCAGGAAACUUGUUCAAACAAGUGCCAAAAGCGUUAUCGUUCUCCAAGAACUUAAAGCGACUUGUCUUAGAUGAGAAUCCUAUUGGAAACUUGGAGGGAGAAAAUGUUUUCCCAGCAAUGACUUCUUUGAAAUAUUUGAGAAUGGCAUAUAUGCAAGAUAUAUACAAAAUUGGACCUGGUGCUUUCAGCGAACUACAAAAUCUAACAGAAUUGAUACUGAGUGACAACAAAAUGUUAACAGAACUCGAUUUACACGCUCUGUCAAAGAAUGUUACUGGAGGAGACUUCUUAGACUACCCCCCGCUUGAUAAGCUAUACCUAAAUAACUGUAAUCUAACAACGCUGCCAAGAGAAUUUUUAGUUCGCUGGGAUAAGCUUAGCGUGCUGGAUCUACGCUUCAACCCAUGGGACUGCCAUACCUCCAACGAAUAUAUGAUCAAAUACUUAAUUCCAAGAGUCAACAGUACCACGCCACUUUUAGCAAAGAAUGUUAAGUGUGAAUACCCAGAGGAGCUAAAAGGCGUGGAGGUCCUAAAAAUUGUAAAUGGGGACUUUGAGUCAGCAACACAGGGUAGCAGUCUUGUCUGGAUUGGCAUUAUCAUUGCCAUUCUUUUGGCAAUACCUAUUAUUUUAGCUGGAAUGGCAGUCUAUAAACGUGGCCAUUGCCGCUUGUGCAAGAAGAAUGAGGCUGCGAAUAGGACGCUUUAUAGCCGUACAAGUUUCAAUGAAGAUUUCCAUAUAUAAUAAUAUGUAAAUAAAGCAUACAUGUUUUGUUAAAAUAA